CGGAUAUACAAGCGUACUGAUAAUAUAUAGAUCUCGUUCCACGAGUCCGCAUAAACAUAAAGCAUGGCCGCAUACUCCGAGUCCGAGCGCCUCGCCGAGCUCCGCGCCUUCGACGCGACCAAAGCCGGCGUCAAGGGGCUUGUCGACGCCGGGUUCACGACCAUCCCCCGCUUCUUCGUCCACCCGGAAGUCGAGCCAACCUCCGGCUCGAAUCUCCAAGUCCCCGUCGUCGACCUCGGCGGCGUCGCCUCCGGGGACCCCGCGCGGCGCGCGGCGGCGGCGGCGGCGGCGGGGCGCGCGGCGGAGGGGCUGGGGCUGUUCCACGUGGUGAACCACGGGGUGCCCCAGCAGGUUCUCGACGAAAUGCUCGAGAGAGUGAGGGGGUUCCACGAGGAGGGGGUGGACGCGAAGGGGGAGUACUACACCCGGGACCUGAGCAGGAAGGUGGUGUACAAUUGCAACUUCGACUUGUUCCGGACGCAGGCGGCGAAUUGGCGGGACACGCUCUCCUUCUCGAUGGCGCCGGAUCCGCCGCGGCCCGAGGAGUUGCCGCUCGCCUGCAGGGACAUAGCCUUCAAAUACGCAAGCUACGUGCAGAAGCUGGGAACCGUCCUCUUAGAGCUGCUCUCUGAGUCACUUGGACUGAACCCUGAUCACCUCAUAAAAAUGGAGUGUGCUGAUGGACUCCGUUUUUUCAUGCACUAUUACCCUGCCUGUCCUGAACCUCACCUCACACUCGGCACGAGUAAACAUUCCGAUUCCGGUUUCAUUACCAUUCUUCUGCAAGAUAGUCUCGGCGGUUUACAAGUCCUCCGUCAGAAUCAGUGGCUCGAUGUCCCUCCGGUGCCAGGAUCGUUCAUCGUUAACAUGGGCGACCUUUUACAGUUGGUCUCCAAUGACAAGCUCAAGAGUGUUGAGCACAGGGUGGUUGCAAAGAGCUCUGGCCCCAGAAUUUCUGUGGCAGGCUCCUUCAGCACAAGUCACGCUACAUCCUCAAGGCUUUAUGGCCCUAUCAAGGAGUUAACUUCGCAUAAUAAUCCUCCGCGUUAUAAGGAAGUAACUUUGAAGGACUUCAUCGCGCACUACAAUCACAAAGGCCUGAAUGGGAAGCCGGCGUUAGACCACUUCAAAUUGUGAUUCGGAGUCGAAAGUCCAGUUACAAGUGGAAAAGAGUGCUGAGCACAAGGUCUUAUUGGAGAUUAUUACAAUUAAAGGGAUUAUUAUAUGCAUACUGUAAUAAAAUUGGCAUCUAUGUUACACAUUGUUUACUGUAAUAAAGGGAUUAUAUACUUGUUGUACACAAGUAUAUGCGACUAAUUGUUAUGUAAUAAUUUGUUGGACCAUAUCAAUAUCUAUAUAUAUACUUAUACAUUAUUUC